AUGUCCACUUGGGAGAGAUGGGAUCCCAGUGCCACGCCCGCUGACCAGAAGCUCUCGGGCUGUGCGGAAACGUUGGCAGACGAGGCGAGAGCUCUCUCUCUGUCUGUCUCUGUGUGUGUGUGUGUGUGUGUCUCUCUCUCUCUACAGAUCCUGGUGGGGGAGCUGGUGGCGUUCUUUCUGAAGGCUGAGGGGACGCAAGAGAAGACCAUAGUGACAGCAGACUGCUGCUACUUCAACCCCCUGCUGCGACGCAUCGUCCGCUUCCUAGGGGUGUUCUCCUUCGGCCUGUUCACCACCACCAUCUUUGCCAACGCGGGUCAGGCGGUUACAGGAAACCAGACGCCUCACUUCCUGUCUGCCUGCCGGCCUAACUACACGGCCCUGGGGUGCACAUCCAACAUGCAGUACAUCACCCAGCCCCGUGCCUGCACUGGAAACCCCCUGGUAGUGGCGUCUGCACGCAAAUCCUUCCCCUCCAAGGACGCCAGCGUCAUGUCUAACUCUGCAGUCUACACGGUGAUGUAUGUGACGCUGGUAUUCCGGACCAAAGGCACUCGGCUGACCAAGCCUACGGUCAGCCUGACCCUGCUAUGCCUGGCCUUGCUGGUGGGAGUGGUCAAGGUGGCAGAGUACCGCAACCACUGGGCCGACGUCCUGGCCGGCUUCUUCACUGGAGGAGCCCAUCGCUGUGUUUCUGGUGAGAGGAGGGAGGGAGGGGAGGGAUGGAUGAUGGAGGGAGCGGCUGAGGGAAUAGGUGAGGGGAGCUGCUGA